ACCUAAUUAGGUUUUUUAUCGUGACGACACAAAUGAACAAGUAUUCAUCCUUGACAGUUCAGCGGUACUGUUUACAAACAAGCUUAAACAAAAAUCGAAGAGCACAUCUAAAACAAUCAUCUUUACACUUUGCAACUAGUCUUUUUUAUUUAAUAAAUAACAAAAACGAAACGUAUUCAAUCGUGAACAAAUGUUUUAAAACUUUAUUUAGGUGAUACGGACCGUAAAUGGACUGAUCCAAUUUGUCAAUAAACAAACAAAAGAAAUUUCUGUUUACAAACAGUACUGCUGAACUGUCAAAAUGUGUUCAUCCGAUUGAGGUUAGCAGUGACGGUAAAAAACCUAAUUGUCAGGAUCUGUUGUAUUUGCUUAAAAUUUUUUUUCUUCAAAACGUCGUCGGAGGAAGUGUAACAGCUGAUAUUUUUUUAUAAUAAUUCUAUUAUUUGCAAAUUAUGCCACGUUCCUAUUCGCGAUCCCCGUCGCGUUCGCGAAAGCACUCACAUCGGAAAUCGCGUUCAAAGUCUCGUGAACGGGACAAAUAUUCUAGUCGAAAUGAUUAUCAGCGAUAUCAUCGAACAGAAAAUCGUUCAUCUAAAUCGCGUUCGGUAGCUGCGUCCUCGUCAUCGUCUAGGAGUAGCGCUCACAAAUCUUCCCACGAACAUCAUCGUACACAUCGGACUAAACAAUCCGUUAGUAGAUCAGCAACUAGUGACUACCGACAUAGUAGUCGUUCUAAGGAUGGCGAUCGAGACAGACGUGAGCGGAGUUGGAACCAGUUAGAUUCACGAGAUAAGUAUACACGCAAACGAGCCAGCUCGAGCAGUUCCAGUAGCAGCAGUAGUAGCAGUUCUGAAAGCUCACAAUCAGCUAGUAGUUCAAGCUCUUCCACGGAAAAAUCGGAAAAGGAUUAUGUAUUUAAAUCUCUAGCUGGAGACCAAGAACCUGAGAAGGAUAACGUGUCGGUACUGGCAAAGUUAAAUGCAGAUGAAUUCAUUCCACAAACGUUUGUAUCCUCAAAGAAACCGCCAGCAACCCAAGCUAGUGGAAAUAUCGUCAUAGACUUGACCUCACAAACUAUCAAGGUACCCAAAACGGAGGAAGAACAAGUGAUUGACCCACUAUUUCAUCCAAAUUUUUUUGGUAACGAUGACGAUCGGAUGUCCCAAUGGGUUCGCAAAUUAUUAGCAGUUAGACAGAAUGCUUGAUAUACUACCAGUAGGUAAAAAGCUUAUUUUGCUCUAAAAUUAAAUUUUAUUCAAUAAA